AAAUGGUUCAUUGGUUCAAUUCGUUGUUCGUCCUGGUCACCGUGUUGUACUCUGUGCGAUCCGCAGCCGUUCCAGUAGAAAAUGUUGUCGAAGAGGUGGCCGAGAAUCGGGCGGCAUCGACCCUAACCAGGGUUGUGACCACAACCGCAGAGGGUACCACGACCAGCGUUUUGUCAACACAACUCGUCUGCGCAAUUCUAAUGGCACCGGUGGCCACGACUAACUGCCGCAGGAAGAAACAGUUUUGGGCCAUUCCGGUAGUUUACACAUUCGGUCAAAAUGAAAUGGAACAAUUCGCUUCGCUAAAUCCCACUCGGGUUUCAGGGGUUGAGAUGUCAGUGUUACCUGAAUUUCGUAACAAGCCAGCAUUGCCGAUCAAUUCGGGUGGUUCUCAGUUGAGCUCCUCUUCGGCUAUCCAGCCGUCGAUCGAUGGCAUCGAUGAUGUUCAGCCAAUGGUCCGAGUGGCCAAUCCUUUCUUUUUCCGGCCUUUGUCUUCGUUUAUUUCUAAUGCUCUUUCGAGCAUGAGGGAUCCGCCCAUUACGGUUACGAGGCAUGUUUUCGUUGGUGGUUGCAUAACUACCCAAAGUUUGGGGAAUGCUUUUUUUUAAUUGUUUUUUUUUUUUUGCGUUACAGUACUUCGACCGCUUUCAAGACGACGAUAACCAGAACUUUGUUUACGGUUACAGCUACCUACACUUUAACUUCUAUCCCUUGUCUUCCAGUCGAUGUUAGAAUUUGUCCUGCUGCACCUCUUCCCGCACCAGUUCCUGCACCAGCGCCUGCACCAGCGCCUGCACCAGCGCCUGCACCAGCGCCUGCACCAGCGCCUGCACCAGCGCCUGCACCAGCGCCUGCA